AUGUGUAAUCCUCCCAUCCCCCUCCACUCCCCCCACACCUCAAUAAUCCUCACUCCUCCCCAUCAACCCACUCCUCUCCAGUCUCCCACCCACCACACCCUACAUAGCCGAACCGUGGCGGCGCAUAACCACACCGGGCCCGCAAAGCCCUGGGGCACUAAAUACCCCCUAAAAGCUCGCACCACACUUUCACCAUGGGCAGGUGGCAGUGUGCGUUACUAUCUUCCGCCCGCACACCUUAUGAUGGCAGACUCGAAAAAUGUAUUGCCCCAGGAGGGUACCACCGAAGGUGGAGAAUCCCUCACCGGACCCAAUCCGGUCUGUCCCACGUACUCUGGGGGGGACAAAGAAUGCCACAAGCCAGGUUCUAGCCUGGAUUUAACAUGCCUAGCAGAGGCGAUCCCAUCCACCGCGCCGGUCGACACCCUGUCGCCCUGGAACGUGGUGAUGCACAAGCGGCCCAAGAAGGGCGAUAAGAAGAAGCAGCAGGAGCAGCAACAACAACAACAGCAACGACAGGCAGGCAAACCGACUCGCGUUCGUCCUAGCAGGCGAGCGAGACAGAAAGCCCGCCAGUCGCUAAACUCAAGAACACCCCACGUGGCGGAAACGCAGCGUGAGAAUCUGCCGUCCACCUCCAAGGUGUUGACCGAUUCGCAGGGCACCACGAAUCAAAAUCCUCCACCCCCACCACCGCCACCACCACCACCACCACCACCAUCAUCACUACCUCCUCCUCCCCCACCCCCACCUACGUUACCCAGUCAGGCGAAGGGUAAGGCUCCGGGAGGUUAUCACGGUCGGCGGACUGCAGCGACGGCAACCCCUGCGCUUGAAAAGGCGCAACCUGGGAAGUGUGAACGCGCUUCAGCGAAGCGCGCCCGCCUGGACGAAACCAGGUCCCCCAGGGGGGAAGCCAAGCGUGCAAAAACCGACGUGAGGCCAAAGCGGACGAUGAGCUACGCGGAUGCGAGUCAAUCGCAUCUGCAGAUAGCGGUGACCACCGUCCCGCCGAGGGACCUCACGAUGAGCCAAGCGGAGCGGAUCCGUAUUGCUAUCGAUGAUAGAAUCACGGAUGCUGCUCUAAAGGUUAGACCAGACCAACGCGUGCAGCCGGCGUGCACGAUGACGAUGGCGAUGGCGACCAGACAGCGUGUAUGA